AUGUUAAUUGCUGAAAACUUGGAAUCAUUAUGUGACAUGAAGAAAACACUGGAGUUUUCUCUAACUACUGCCCACAUGUUUGCCAAUACAGAUGUUUACCGGAUCUUGACAACCAAAAUCUCAGCUGAACUGAGCACAAAAACUGAAGGAGAAACACACGUACGAUGCCUGCUCUUGCACGCCGGACGGGAGGGCAGCGGCAGCCCUUCCGCAGAAGUUCCCGGCGCCCUCCCCUCCCCUCCCCUCCCCUCCUCUCCUCGUGGGGCGCCUCCCGUGAUCAAAACUCGGGGCGCUCCGCUGCUGGUCGCCGAGAAAUGCACGUCGGGUCCCCGCCUCCCCCCUGCCCCGCCCGCAAGCCCUGAGGCUGCAACUUCUCCAAACCGAGCCGGCCAGAGACUUGAGGCGCCGCAACCCUCCCGCCGCCCGCUGCACCCUCCCGAGCUCCCCGGGCUGCAGCCGCCCGCCCGCCCGCCCGCCCGGCACUCACCGCUUCCCCGCCUCUCGCCGGUCUCCUCGCCACCCUUGCCCGGCUGCCCUCGGUUUCCAGCCCGGCAGCUGGGUGCGGUGGGUCCGCCCGGUCCGCAGAGCCAGCCCGCUCCGGCCGGCCCGACACCGCCGCCGCCCGCCCGUCCCCAGCAGCGGCUGCGAGCCCAGCCGGCGCUGAGGAGCCAGGCGGCGGCGGCAGGCAGGGGCUUGCCAAGCGGGCGCUACCCCGCCGCGCCCCUUCCCGGGCUAGGCCAGGGGGCGGAAGUUUGA